UUGACAUUUGAGAAUACUAUUACGAAUUUGACUAAAUUUAUGUUAUAAAGUUGACUAAAUUUGAGGUUCUGUCUUAUUUACUUGUUAUUUAUAUUUAUUCGGAUUUCUGUCUGCUGUUAGCGACUUUGGCGAGACUAAAAUUGUCAAAUAAUUUAUCGUAUUAACAUGACAUUCAUACCAAGUUGGGAAGAAUUCGAAAAAUCUGCUGAGAUGUUAUAUUUACAAGAUCCUGUAAACACACGAUAUGUCCUUAAAUAUUCACAUUCAAAGGGAUUAUUCUGUGUAAAAAUUACGGAUAACAAGAAGAUGACCGCAGAAUUGCCAAACGCUCGAAAUUUUGAGACCAAGUAUUACGAAAUGUAUUUCUUUUGUGGUAAAGAGAGAGAGAGAGUGUGAGAACUUCAGUCUUUUUGGAGUUAAAUUGGACAAGGUUUAUUUUAACCCAUUCCGCGACCGUCUCAAGAGAGGACACGAUAGAAGACACAAGUUUCUUCCUGCACUGGUCGUAGAUUGCCAGAGAGAGAUCUGCAUGGCCAGUGCAUAUGACAUCUCCAGUACUUUCGUCUGCAUAGCAAUGUAUAUUCGAGGCGUCCAACAUAAUCAUUGAUAUGCAGAAGAAACAGUGCAGGUAUCUCUUACACAGCCUACAGCCUUUGGGAACUCCGGUGUUCACGCGCUUCAGGCAAUAACCGUAUACAACCUGUAUGCUGCGCUCACUGAAGAAGGAAGCUGGUUGUCCACUUGCAUAAACCCACGGGCCCAUACCAAAGGAUGGAAGUUUUAUGAGUAGCGCCUUGUGCCAUAAAAGGCAUUUAUUUUCUCAAAAUUGAUUCCUUAACAAUCCUUUUUGAUUUCUUUUACACAUACUCAUACGCGAUCACCUUUGAUCGUGUAUGUAUUUUUCUGCUAUCUAUAUCCAGGCUAACUGCAAGGCCUUUUGCUUCCGAUAGCCGCCGCCCAUGUUAGUUAUACCAAAAAUCGCCCGCCGACUGACCAUGGCGAAUGUCGUUCUGUUGGUUGUUGACCAACUUUUGACCCUCUUUGUAUACCAAGAGCUGGCGGUAAAUUCUCCCUUUCAUGAUUUUAGAGAGCAGGGAGACCUGUCGAACGAAUCCGAACUGUUUUUUUGGGCCGGAUGGGUAAGGUGACUUUCAAUAGAAUCGGGACUACGUGUUUUGAAUGGGAGUUCUGGAAUAAACGCGUUAGCGCGGACGCCAAUUAAAGGGCACACCUUCUGAGCACGAUGGGUGAAAUGCCAUCCAAAUUGCAAAAAGAGACUCUUUUUUUUACUCAUCUCGCCAAAAACUAAAUAUACAUACUUACCUACGAAUUUUCGCUGAUCAUAAGUAUAUUAUAUUAUAUUAUGCUCGUUAUAAUGUGUGUCAUAUAUAUAUUUCAAACAUAAAGUUAUAUAAGUACCCAAUAUUCAGUAUCGUUACAAUAAGAUUCGCUUCAUUUUAUAUUAAUUGUUCGACUUGUGCAAAAAGAAAACGAAAACAAAUUUAUAGGCUGUCCAGAGCAAGAAGAGUUGUCGAGAACGCCAUUGGCAUUUUAAGUUCUGUGUUCAGAAUAUUGUGGAAAUCCUUACUACUAAAACCAGAUAAAGAUUCCAUUGUUCGUCGAACAAGCGAGGCAUAACACAACCGUCUUGAGAAUACAGAUUACAGAGGCGCUUUUGAGUAUGGACAAAAAACGACAACUUUCGGUGAUCGCUCGUCCGGCUUGACCCACCGAAGAUUUGCCUCGCGAGUCGCGAAGCUGCGCUCAGUCAGUGCGCAGUUAAUCACGUUGCACUUUCUGCAUUGGUAUUUACUGUAUUGUGACUUUAUUGUGUGACAUUUUGCGCUAAUAAUCAAUGAUAGAUAAUAUGACAGGACUGCUUCCAUGUUUUAUAUGCGUUCACUGCAUGACACUUGUUAUCAUGAAAAAUAUUACAAUCUACUUUUAUAAGAAAAAUAGAUAACAACAAUAUCAUUGUAUGUAAAUAUAAAAUCUAUUUCAAAAGUAUUGAGCACGCUAAAAGGUAUUGAGUAUUUGUGGUGCCAUAUUUUCUCGCAUAUCUGACUUCAAACACGCACACCAGACACGUAAAUAAAAUGUAUUGGACCCAACAAUGUAGCACCAGAAAUGUGACUAUAUUAGUAAUGGAUAUCUAAC